AUGAAGGUACAGACCGGCGUGCUAAGCUACGCGUUCCGAACCAUACACGAUACUCAGACUUCGCACCAGGUUGCCAUCGAAGGCUGCUGCCACGGCGAGCUCGACGCCAUAUACGCUGAGCUACACAACCUCGAACAGCGUCAUAGCUACAAAGUGGACUUGCUCCUCAUCUGUGGUGACUUCCAGGCUAUCCGCAACCACCGUGACCUCCAAUGCAUGGCCGUACCAGACAAGUAUCGCCAGCUGGGCGAGUUUUGGAAAUAUUAUGCGGGAGAGAAAGUAGCACCUCUGCUCACCCUCGUUAUCGGAGGUAAUCACGAAGCGUCUAGUUACUUCUGGGAACUGUAUCAUGGUGGCUGGAUUGCACCCAAUAUUUACUUUCUCGGACAUGCCGGAUGUGUACAGGUGAACGGGAUUCGCAUAGCCGGCGCCUCGGGCAUAUUCAAGCCGCAAGACUUUCGACGCGGCCAUCACGAAAGGGUACCGUAUAACCAUGGGUCGAUGCGUAGCAUCUACCACAUACGCGAAUACAACGUCCGGAAACUAUCCUUACUCUCAUCCCCGACGGUCUUCCUCUCCCACGACUGGCCGCAAGGCAUCGAGCAUCACGGCGACCUCCGCUACCUCCUCCGGCGCAAGCCCCACUUCCGCGACGACGUCAAGAAAGGAGUGCUCGGCUCACCCCCGCUCAUGAACCUCCUGCAAACCCUCAAGCCAGAAAGCGCACGUAAUGCAUGGCCCGCUCCCCAUGCGGAGAAUAACAGGCACAGCGGGAGCACUGCUGCCGCGGGUAUGGAGAACCCCGACGAGAUCACGAUCGAGGAUGGAGAUGGAGGGGGUGCGGGAGAAGCAGCAGGCACUGAGCGGCCCACGUCAGCUCCCGAGCCGGAGGCUGCGAACGCGGCCGACCAGAAGCCGCCAGCUGCUCCCGCCAAUCCGGACGAGAUCAUGCUUGAUGACGAAGUUGAGCAAGUUGCGAGACCCCCGCCGCCACCACCCCCACAACGGGAGACUACAUUCGUCGCUCUUGACAAAUGUCUGCCGAGAAGACAAUUUCUGGAGGUCGUCGACAUACCAGAACCUCCAGAAUACCAGCAGACCGCGAUGGGCGAGCGGACUGUGCCGGUGCUCUCAUUUGAUCCGGAGUGGCUCGCCAUCACACGCGCCUUCCAUCCGUACAUGUCCACGGGUCUGAACCAGCUGACGUAUCCCGACGAGAGCACCGCCCGAGCUGCUGUCGAGAAGGACCUUGAGUGGGUGAAAGAGCACGUAAAGGCGACGAAAAUCGAAGAGUGCCAGGCGUUCGUGGUAACCGCGCCUCCACCGAACCCGACCGCUGAUAAUAGGGACGCUAGCUUGAGGGACCAACCGCCACACUAUCCAAACCCUCAGACGCAGGCGCUUUGCUCGAUGUUGGAGAUUGAAAACAAGAUCGAUCCACGAUAGCAUAGGGGCCCUUGGCCUUGACUUCUAUUUUGAAUCUUCAUUCAGAUCUCGCGGCCCCUAUGACGUCGGUCCGCGCUGUUUGCUAAAGAGUGGCUAAAAGUUGCGCUAGCUCCCCAAGGUGGAUCUUGGGUGGACCGCAGAAGACCCACCUUGUCGCGCUACAUAUGGAUGAAUUGGAACAACAAAUGUCGAACGUCAAUCGGAUUCGAUUGAAACAUGGUCUGCACCAUGCAGAGCUUGUCUCGACUCGGAUGCUCCAUUCAUUAUGCUUGUAAUUGCCUGUGAUUUCUCCGAGCUCCUCCUGUCCCACCUGUAAUACGUAUUGGGCUGUCUUGUCUCGCAGCCGUCGACGCUCACGGCAUCAUGCCUGUUCAUUCUCUCAGCUGUCGUCCUUCAAGCAUUCAGUUGCCGCUCAGUUUCCAUCAG